AUGCUGAUUGUUAUUGCGUUCCCCUCCGCGUCGAUGCAACUCACGAAAUUAAUUUUAUCGAGUGGUCGUCGUCGGCGCAGCGCUAUUGAAAGGACCCAAAAAGCCCGGCGCGGCAGGAGCGACAUCGGAGGAGCGGCCGCGGCGAUCCAUUUAAUGAUAACGUCAGCGAGCGCUCACAUGUCUCCGCCGCAAAUCGAAUUUGCAGCACAAUCCUCGUCUCCGGACGGAGGAGCGGGCGGCGGGGAGCGGGUCAAAUGGAAAGCAAACUGGGCCCGAAUAAAUAUUCACUUUAGCGACAAUCGCAACUCACACAAUUACGGCGAAAUGGAAAACCUUAGAUAA